GUCCUCAUUUGCGUGUUUCCUGCCUGUGCUCAGCCUCAGUGCGUGUCCGGAUUUCCAUACAGGUGCGUCCUCGGCUCCAGCUCCUCGUUUGACUGUCAAAGCAGGCGGCGCGGCUUCUUCUCUCCUUCUCUCCGCCCUGCGCAUCCCGCAUCCAGUCGCUACCAGAGAGGAGCGCAGGGGAGUGCCCUGCACCGCGGACAGCCGACACACACGCAUAUACACACACAUACAGCCUCCUCCUCCUCCUCCUCCUGCACUGAAGCCGGACUCCUCUGCCGGGGAAACUCCACCGACUCUCAGCUGUUAUUGUCGCCGUCACAGCCCGUCUGCAUCCUCCAUCAGCCGGCUGCUCUUUAACUCGACCCGCGGUCUUCUCCGGUAGGCCUGACGUAGCACCAUGGAGGAGUUAGACGUUCCACAGAUGAGGAGAGAAGUGGAAAGCCUUCAGUAUCAGCUGGCAAUCAACAGAGAGAAAUCUUCCAUCACCGUUACUGAGCUGGUGAAGUGGAUCGAGGGUUGUGUUUGUGAAGAUCCAUUUCUGAACCCUGAGCUGAUGAGAGCCAACCCCUGGGUGGAGAAGGGCAAGUGUGUGAUCCUCUAGUGGUCACACACACACACACACACACACGCACAUGGAGACACACAAUCACGGAUGCAUAUAAACUAAAGAAUCAUGCACUCCCACGUCACGUUGCACUAUCUCACCCAUACUCUUUCUCUCUCUCUCUCUCUCACACACACACACACACACACACACAUGCGCGCACACACACACAAUAUUGCUAUUAUCAUGUUUAUUUAUUGGGAGACUCCUGAAUGCUUUUAAUUUAUGUGAAGACUACUGUGUGUGUGUGAGUGUGCAGCACUGAGUAGCUUUCUAGAGGUUUGUUUUGAUGGACUGCUGAGAAAUGUUCAACAACACGUUUUUAUUGGCUCUUUACACUGUCAAUCAAAAUAAAGACUGUUUUGAAUUUAA